GGCGAGUCGGGAUUGGCUCUUGCUUCGCUAAUCAGGGUGAGGUGGAGCUUGACUCCUGACAACUUUCCGCCAAAUAAGCCAGGGUUGAGAUUACGGGCAUCCGGCGAGGAGGUCAAGAGACAUUGUCUCGCUCCAUCCUCCGUUUCAAGGCACCACAGCAUCUACGUUGCGCUGUUCUUCGACGCAGACUGUACAUGAAGCGCAGCGAAUGCGUUUCCUGAGCUUCCGCCGCCAUCGUCCGGAUUGUCCCGUCUCCGCACCCAUGACUCGCAACGCGAAGCGCAAAGCGGAGGAUCCGGCUCCGGGCGACGAGAUCGCACGUCGCAUUGCAGCCGAAUGUCUGCUGUCAGCACAACACAUCAUCAAGCAAGAGUCGCCGGAUGGAGACAAUCCUACAGCCAUAACAGCUCCUCACGUUGCAGGCGCUGCAGCUGAUGAUACCGUUUCGGAGGCUCAGAGCGAGACUUCGGAAGUGAAUGCAGGCAAACAUGUACUCAAUCACGGAGCUUUCAAGGCUUGCAUGCACGUCAUUGCGGAAUAUAAACGGAAGGACGAUAUCUACAAGCUUGCGUCGAAGGAGCUAGUGCAGCAUGCGAGCACAUCAGCUGCAGCAGCAUCCGCGACACAGGAAGCUCUGCGCUCAGGCGACAUCUCGGAGGCAAAAUCGCGCCCUUUGAUAGAAAGGGUUGCUCGCCCAUUGCGUCGGGAGCAUGCUGUGGCAGCGGCCUCUGGUAUCAGCAGCGAGUCUGCUCUUCGCCGCACCCUGACUGUGUUUGUGAAAGCCUUGCCGCCCGAGGUCCGCCAAUCUUUACCGAAGGUGUUGCUCGAGGUCCAAGCCAAAACAAGCACCCAGGUACGGAACAAUGGAUGAUUGAAUCGCUCGUAGGUGCAUUACCAGCACAGUCUGG